GUCUCCUAACCCCACACUCACACGCGCACUCUCUCUCUUUCUCUCUCUACUUUUUACCCUAAAAAGAGGUGUUAGUUUCUUCAAAAGGGUCUCUCUUGCAGCAGUCUUUUCGGCCAAACUGCAAAGAGGGGAUAGAGAGAGAAACACACUCACACACUCAUACAUGUAGAGAGAUAAGCAAGAGACUACUUGGGUCAAUAGUGAUUUUGUUCUUACUUCACAGAUUCUUCAUUUGUUCUUUUCACUCAUCAUCUCAUAAGAGAUCUCCCCUCCCCGCAACUCCCUCUGUCUGAAAGACUCAAUCUUUAAUCUGAACUCUGCGUCUUUCGUUCUGGGGUCCCUUUUUUUGUCCCAAAAUUUUAUCUUUUAUCUAUUUAUUUAUUUUUUCUUGUUUGAGAGAGUUUUUUUGCAAUGGCACCCAGUUUUGAUUGCUUUUCAAGCCUUCUCUGUGCGGAAGAUAAUAUUAUUUUUGACGAAAAUGAUCGGGGAGGUUUGGUGGAGGAGUUGGAGGACACGUGGGAGCAUCCUAUAUAUGAUCGAAAUCAUAGUCAAAUUCAGAACUUGGAUGUUCAAUAUGUGUCGUUUCCUUUGCCGAGUGAGGAGUGUUUGAGACUAAUGAUGGAAUCAGAAUUGCAUCACUUGCCUAAUGGUGAUUACGUUAGUAGGCUGAGGAGUGGGGAUUUGGACAUUGGGUCUAGAACAGAGGCCAUUGAUUGGAUUGAAAAGGUCCGAGAGCACUUUGGUUUUGGACCUCUCUGUGCUUAUCUAUCCAUAAAUUACUUGGACCGUUUCCUCUCUGUUUAUGAAUUACCAAAGCAACGAGUUUGGACAAUGAAAUUGUUGGCUGUAGGUUGCAUAUCUCUGGCAGCCAAAAUGGAAGAGAGUGAUGUGCCUACAUCUCUUGAUUUGCAGGUGGGUGAAUCUAAGUAUAUAUUUGAAGCCAAAACAAUUCAGAGAAUGGAGCUUCUUGUUCUGAACACAUUGAAGUGGAGAAUGCAGGCAAUUACCCCAUUUUCCUUCAUCGACUAUUUCCUUCAGAAGAUCAAUGAUGAUGAUGAAGCUCCAAUUGGAGCUUCAAUUUUGCAAUCCUCAGAGCUUAUACUGAGUACUGUAAGAGGAAUUGACUUCAUAGAGUUCAGACCCUCAGAGAUUGCAGCUGCAGUGGCAAUAUCUGUGGUGGGGGAUGGCCAAACAGUUGAAACAGAGAAAGCAAGUUCUGAUCUGAUUCAGCAUGUAGAAAAGGAGAGGGUGUUGAAGUGUGUGAAAAUGAUCCAAGAACUUUCAUCAAAGAAUGGUCCUUCUGCUAAGGAUUUGAUUCCUUCUGUUUCUGUGCCUGAAAGCCCAAUAGGGGUGUUGAACAAUGCAUGCUUCAGCUACAAAAGUGAUGAACCAAACGUUGCUCCUUGUGCAAACUCUUCACAUAGUGAUACUCCAGAUGCUAAAAGGAGGAAGCUAGACAAAACCUUUGGAGAAUAGCCAUUUCUGGCUUGUGAUUUUUAGCGUCAUUCCUAGGAUUCUUUUUCUUAAGAUGUUCUGUGUUUUGAAGGUGCCCUCUGAAGGAAAAAAUAGAUAGUGAAAAUGGAAAAAAUAAAAAAAAUAAAUAAAAAAAAGAAGCAUAAAGGGGUGGAAAACAAAUAAAGGUGGAUGGUGACUGGUGGGAGUUUUUAAGGAAUGGAAUCAACACACUUCUUCAUCCAUGGUCGAAGCAGGAAGUGAUUACUCAACACCAGCUGUUAAAUAUUUUUAUAGGUCUUUUUUUAACAGCUACAAAAGAGGUAGUAGUGAUAAUAGGGGAACAAGGACCAGUGUAUUUGUAUGUGUAAGUACAUUUUGUCGCGUUACUUUUUAACGAGGGAGCAAAAUAGAACCCAAAACCAAAAGGCAAAAUAUGAAACAAAGUAAUUUAAUUCAAGCAUUGAGAAAUA